GGCCAGGCCACAGGGCCGUGUGACAUUCCCAGCUGCCCGUGUGAGUUGUGCAAACCGCAGCGUUUUGAUAAGUGGCUUCAGACUCCCUACACGACCACGACCCACACGGUCGUGUGGCUUCCCAGGGUGCCCGUGUGAGUUCCCUGGAAUUUCCACACGGCCAUCAGGGGUCCCCCUACACGGUCGUGUGGCUUUUAGUCAUGCAUGUGUGGCUUCUCAGCUUCUCGCCAAACGUCCAAACUUCGUCCAAUCGACCCCGAACUCGUUCCUAAACCUUCAUUCACGUACUAGGACCUGAAAUAUCACAAACAAGAACAACCUAGCGUGAAAUCGGCCUAAAAUGCGAGAAUCGACAUCUCAAACGACUCAAGGAUAGGGGUAAAAACAUGUGUAAUCAAUGGUCUAUCAGAGGACUGCACUGCUUUCGCUAAGGGGUGUAAAGCUUGUCAACGACAUGGUCCCGUUCAAAGAGCUUUAGCAAUUGAUCUGAAGUCUAUCAUCAAGCCACGACCAUUCUUCGGUUGGGCAAUGAACUUGAUUGGGAAGAUCUACCCAGCUUCUUUUGAUAAACACAACUCUAUUAUCUUGGCAACUGACUACUUCACGUAGUGGGUAGAAGCUAAGCCGAUGACGGUGGUGAAUCAAGGUGAAGUAAUUAAGUUCAUAAAAGAGAACAUAAUCCAUCGUUUUGGAUUGUCUGCCACCAUAACAGCUGAUCAAGGUACCAUGUUUACGGGAGGGGAGGUAAUGGAAUUUGCCAAGGAGCAUGGAAUCAAAAUCAUACAUUCCACCCCCAUAUUAUGCUCAGGCUAAUGGUCAAGCUGAAGCAUCCAACAAAGUGGUGAAGGAAAUCUUGUCUAAAAUGAUAGAAGACAAUCCGAGGAAGUGCCAUGAGCACUUGUCUGAAGCCUUGUGGGCUUACCGCAUGUCCCCUCGUAGUAGCACGAAGGUGACUCCCUUUGCCUUGACAUACGGACAUGAAGCUUUCUUGCCAGUCGAGGUGACUGACAAGUCGUUGAGAUACAUGCGUCAACAUGAGCUCACUUCCUCAGAGUAUUAUGAGUCUAUGAUGCUAGAGUUGUGUGAUCUUGAUGAGGUGCAACUAAAAGCUCUUGAUAACAUUAGAGUUCAAAAAGAGAAAGUUUCACGAGCUUACAACAAGAGGGUUAAGCGUAAGUCAUUCGAAGAGGAGGAGCUAGUGUAGAAGCUGCAUUUGCCCAUUGGGGACAAGGAUCCCAAGUUUGGCAAGUGGUCUCUAAAUUGGCGUGGCCCUUUCAUUGUCCAUGCCACUCGUUCUAACGAAGCAUAUCUAUUAAAAGAUAUCGAUGGGGUAUUACAUGAUCGACUUAUUAAUGGCAAGUAUCUUAAGUCCUACGUCCCUUCACUAUGGGACGCGGGAUGCCAACAAGCUUAAUUUCGCUAAGUUAUUUUCAUGGCGUGGCAUGCCUAGUCGUCAGGUCGUCCCAUGCCAUGUUGACUUGUUCCAAGUAGCCACGAAAAAAAAUUCGGAGUAUUCU